AUGAAUAGUGCUGUUAAUUUGCGUAAUAGUAAUAGUGGUAUCAAUAUCAAUGAAUUAAAGAAAUUGAAUUUAAACUCAAGCUCAAAUUCUAUCAAUAGUGGCAGUAGUAAUGGUAGUAAUAAUCAACAACAACAAAUUGGUUACACAAUUGAUAAUGUUGUAACAAGAGGAAAUGAAUUUAAAUAUACAUUCUCUUUACCAAGUAGAGAACAAAUAUUAAAUUUAAAACAAGGUGAUUUAGUUAAAUUAAUUUUUAGUGAAGGUAAUCAAGCAGAGAGAAUGUUUGUUGAGAUUAUUGAUCUAUGUCUUUAUGAUUCAAACAAUGAUAUUGCCAGUAGUAAUAGUUGUGGUCAAUCAUUAAAACAAGGUAUUGAAAUUUUCCAUGGAAGUAAUAAUAAUAAUAAUAAUAAUAAUGGUGAUGAAGAAAAUGAAAAUGGUUCAUCAUCUUCAUCUUCAUCUAAAAAUAUUCAUAAAGAUGAAAAGAAUAAACUUGUAAAUAGUCAAUCAAAUAAUGGAAGUGGUGGUGGUCUUAGAAGUCCAAAUAGUAGUAAUAAUAAUAUGGAUGAGUUUAGUUAUAAUUCAAUUAAAUUCACUGGAUUAUUGGAUAAUAAUCCAUAUCAAUUGAAAUCAUUGAAAUUGGGUGAUAGAAUCGAAUUUUUUGAUUAUAAUAUCCUCUCGAUUUAUAAUCAACCAAAUCAAUUAUAUCAUCCAGAUUUAGAUUGUGUACCAGGUUCAAUCAAACAAUUAUUUGAUCAAUUAUGUUUGGUUAGUAAUCGUAUUUUGGUUGAUAAAGAACACAUUGGUUACAUCUUUAGAGAGAAUGGAACCUUUCCAAAUGAUUCUGGUUGGAGAAUUUUCGCAGGUGAUGAAGCUGAUGAUUAUAUGAAUAAAAAAGAAAAUUAUCAAUUGGUUUCAUUAGCAAGUGUAUUAAAUAUUGAUGAUUCAAUUUUAUUAUUACUUGGUUCUUCAAUUGAUCAUCAUUUUGAAUUUGAUGAUGAAUCAAAUCAAUGGAAAGAAUUGGUUGAAAAAUAA